AUGGCUGCCUCUACGUUCGAAGCGAAGGUCAAGAGUGUCCUCUCUGGCGACACGGUCAUCUUGCACAACAUCAACAACCCAAAACAGGAGCGCACACUGAGCCUGGCGUUUGUGUCUGCCCCACGAUUGAAGCGUGAGGGCGACGAGCCGUUUGCAUUCGAGUCACGCGACUACCUGCGCAAGCUGCUCGUGGGCAAGGUCGUGCGCUUCCAGGUACUCUACAAGAUCCCGACGGGUGCCAACCGCGAGUAUGGCCUGAUUGUACUACCAAACCGCGUGCUCCUUCCCGAAACCGCCGUCGCAGAGGGCUGGCUCAAGCUGCGAGACGACGCCGGCCGGAAGGAAGACUCGGAAGAGGCGGCACAGCUGCUGGAACGGCUGCAGGUCGUCGAGGCCCGCGCGAGGGCUGACUCCAAGGGCCUGUGGGCGGAAUCCAGCAGCCGCAUCAACUCGAUAUCUGAGCUGAGCGACGCGCAGAAAUGGGUCGACGAGCACAAGGGCCGCGACAUUGACGCCAUUGUCGAGAAGGUGCUCGCGGGAGAUCGUCUCAUUGUGCGUUUCCUGCUGUCGCCCACCGAGCACGUGCAGACCAUGGUUCUCCUCGCCGGCAUCCGCGCCCCCGCCACACAGCGGACGAACCCGUCCGACGGGAAGGUGCAACCCGCCGAGGCGUUCGGCGACGAGGCCCAGCAGUUCGUCGAGACGCGUCUGCUGCAGCGCACCGCGACCGUCAACGUCCUCGGUACGACACCCAACGGCCAGAUUGUGGCAGACGUCAAGCAUCCGACGCAGGGCAGCAUCACCCCCUUUGUCCUCAAGGCCGGCCUCGCAAAGUGCACCGACCACCACACGACGCUCCUGGGACAGCAGAUGGGCGUGCUGAGGGCGGCAGAGAAGGCCGCAAAGGAUGCCCGUGUCGGUGUCUACCAAGGCCAUGUCGCGCCCAAGACCAAGGCGGCGGGCGAGCACGAGGCUGUCGUCAGCAGAAUCCAGAGCGCCGACACCCUCUUCCUGCGCAACAAGGCUGGCGUCGAGAGGCGCAUCAACCUCAGCAGCGUCCGCCAGCCCAAACCUACCGACCCCAAGCAGUCGCCAUGGGUGCCCGAGGCCAAGGAGUUCCUCCGCAAGAAGCUCAUUGGCAAGCACGUCAAGUUCCACAUCGACGGCAAGCGCCCCGCGACCGAAGGCUAUGAUGAGCGCGAGAUGGCCACCGUCACCUUCCAGAACAAAAACGUCGGGCUCAUGCUCGUCGAGAGUGGCAUGGCCACGGUCAUCCGCCACCGCCAGGACGACACCGACCGCAGCCCCAUCUACGACGACCUCCUGCUUGCUGAGCAGGCGGCGCAAGAAGAGCAAAAAGGUCUCUGGUCACCAAAAGGACCCUCCGCCAAACAAUACGUCGACUACUCGGAAUCUCUCGAAAAGGCCAAGCGUCAGCUCACGCUCCUGUCGCGACAGCGCAAAGUGCCCGCUGUCGUUGACUUUGUCAAGUCAGCCUCGCGCUUCACUGUGCUCGUACCUCGCGAGAACGCCAAGCUUACCUUCGUCCUGUCCGGCAUUCGCGCACCACGAUCAGCAAGAAACGACACCGACAAGGGCGAGCCAUUCGGCAAAGAGGCACAUGAGUUUGCAAACAGGCGAUGCCAGCAGCGCGACGUCGAGAUCGAUGUCGAGGACUGCGACAAGGUCGGUGGCUUCAUCGGCACACUGUAUAUCAACCGCGAGAACUUUGCCAAGACUCUGGUCGAAGAGGGUCUGGCUUCCGUACACGCCUACUCUGCCGAGAAGGCAGGCAACGCAAACGAGCUCUUCGCUGCGGAGCAGAAGGCUAAGGAUGCGCGAAGAGGUCUGUGGCACGACUACGACCCAUCGCAGGACGAGGAAGCCGAGGACACCACUGCCGCUGCCCCAGCAACAUCCAAUGGCGAUGCCGCGGCUUCACGGCGAAAGGACUACCGUGAUGUCAUUGUAACACACGUGGAAGAAUCCGGCAGGAUCAAGUUCCAGGAGAUUGGCAGCGGAACAUCAGCCCUGACUUCGCUCAUGAGUGCCUUUGGCAAGUUCCACCUGAACCCUGCGAACUCAGCAGGCUUGACCAACCCUAAGGCUGGCGAAUUUGUGGCCGCCAAGUUCACUGCUGAUGACCAGUGGUACCGUGCGCGCAUUCGUCGCAACGACCGUGAGGCGAAGAAGGCCGAGGUCGUCUAUGUUGACUAUGGCAACUCGGAACUGAUCCCAUGGUCCAGACUCCGCCCACUAUCACAGACCGAAUUCCUGCCAUCCAAGCUGAAGCCGCAGGCACAAGAAGCGCAACUUGCUUUCAUCCAGUUGCCCCAAAACCCGGAGUACCUCGCCGACGCCGUCAACUUCAUUUCACAAGAAACUGCUGAUCGUCAGCUUGUGGCUAACGUCGACCAAAUGGACAAGGAUGGCACCCUCUACGUCACUCUGUUCGACCCCAAGUCUAGCAAGAACCCUGCGACAGACAGUAUCAACGCAGAUGUCAUCGACGAGGGUCUCGCUAUGGUGCCCAAGAAGUUGAAGGCUUGGGAACGAAGUGCUGGUGAUAUCUUGGCUGCGCUUACUAAGAAGCAGGACGUUGCCAAAGAGGAGCGAAGGGGCCAAUGGGAAUAUGGAGACCUGACAGAAGAUUAG